UGCUGGUGAUAACGUUACUGCUCGUCGCGCGGAAGAUUGCCGCUGUGAGGACGCUCUCCGUUAAGGGCAGGAUGAAUUUGCUUGCGUUUGUGUGUGUGCUCGCCGCGGUGCAGGGUGAUGAGCAGGUGCCUCUGGUGGCGUGGGCGAGUGACGGGUUUGUCCUGUCUCCUGUGAAUGCUCCUUCAGCGGGUCACACAGUGUCAGUGGAUGAGCUGGAGUCAUAUCUGAACAGAGCUAUGAGCACUACACCACAUAACCUGCUGCUCUUCCUGCAGGAUAAAUUGAGUGUCGAUGAUUUCACGAUGUAUGGAGGAGUAUUCGGUAACAAACAGGACAGCGUCUUCCACAAUCUUGGGGCAGCUCUGCGCUCCUCCUCUUCAUUAUGGCUGCCAUCUGUGUCAUCGUCUGGCACUGCUUCAGUUUCUACUCUGCUUCAGAAUCAGAUUGAUACAGCUCCUCUCUAUAUGAACCCAGAAACUCUCGCUCAACUGCGCCUCAAUGCGUCUGUCACCACCCUGCUGGUGUUCCACCUCCCGAACAGCGGCGGGCUUGAUAUAUCUGCUAAAGAGGUGCUCAGUGGAAACGAUGAGGUGAUUGGUCAGGUGCUGAGCAUAAUGAAGGCUCAGUCUGUGCCUUAUACUGCUGUGUUCACUGCACUCCGACCCUCACGAGUGAUAGAGGCAUCUCCUGCAGUACACUCUGUUGGCUCACGCUCCCUCCUGCAGUCUCGGCGCGGGGAGCCUCCUGCUCCAUACGCGCCAGUAGAGUUUAAGGAGAAGGGCUCCACCUGCAUCCUCUUGUGGGCGGAGAAAAUGGUGGUCAGCCAGUUUCAGUCAGGAAAGUGGGAGAGACACGACCUCACCUCCCAAACCUUUGGUGAAGGAGUGAUGCCUGACCUGACUGGAUCCUCAUGCAACGAGACUCACUCUCGGCUGGUCCUGAACUAUGUGGAUGUCCUGAAUUUCCGUUCUUUCAAGUUCAUUUUUGUCAUGAAUCAGCGUCACUAUAAGGUUUCGGCUCGCCGCUGGUUCACCAUGGACGUAGUUCAGUUGGAGUAUGAUGGUAAAAAGGCCUCAUUCAAUGCCAGCCGUCACAUCUACGCUCCAGCGGAGUACUCGUACCGAUGCGAGUCCGUCAGCAGCUCCCGCUACCCUCAGUUCUCUCCACACUCAUCCAAAGACAACGCCAAUGAGUGGCACAUCUCAUUUGAUGACUUCCAGAUCCAGGGCUUUAACGUGGCCGGGAAGGAUUUCUCUUACGCCAAUGACUGUGCUGGCUUCUUCACUCCUGGUAUCUGGAUGGGGUUGGUGACGUCUCUGCUCAUGGUGCUGGUUCUCGCCUAUGGCCUGCAGAUGAUCAUGCAGCUCCACACCAUGGACCGCUUUGAUGACCCCAAGGGUCCUGCCAUCUCUGUGCCCCAGACUGAGUGAAACACUAAGAGCCAGUUUACUUUCUCAACUUCACAGCAUCUGUGUUUGCUUGGGUGAAAGAAUGUGUUGAUCUGUACUUGUUUUGUGUGUCGAGGUGCUACUGAUUCUUGCAGUGAUAAUCAUUCCAUGAAGCAGCAUGUUUAUGACUGAAUCUCACUACAGCAUGAUAUUUCACCCAAAAAUCUAUAAUAUUUUGGACUAAUGCAGUGUGUAUAUAUUUCAGUUCUCAUAAGAACUAUACUUUCCCAGAAAUGUAAACACAGGAUUUUUUUGCACUGAAUUUGCACUGUCUUUUUGAAAUGUGAAUUAGUUUUUUGUUGUUUUGUAAUGGGUUUUUGUCAUUAGAGGCUUAAGCCAAUAAUUGUAAAUGUAAAAAACAUUUGCCAUUUAAAAUAAGUCUUUGCAAAUCUGCAUGUUAUGAAUUGCUACAAUAGAGAUACAUUAAUGUUGAGUGUGCUGUAAUUGUAAAUAUUAAUAUAAUUGUUGUACAAGUUAUUAGAUGAAAUUUAAUUUGUGGUGUUUAUGACUAUAUUAUUUGUUUGAGUGUACCUGCUGUAGUCCAGUGUUUAUAGUUGAUUCCUGUCUGAGUUUUGUGAGAAUUGGUGUUAUAUGACCACAUAUGGAUGGGGGAAAUAUGGAAGUAUGGAUCUUGCUUACUGAAACAUUGUUGUGCACUGUAUGUAAAUGCAUUAACCAAGAGAAAAGCUGGGGUUUUCCCCCUCUAAAUAACCAAUCCAAAAGUAUGUAUUGUUGACGUUUAUUGCGGUGAAUCAGUUUCUUGCAUGUGUCAUAAUUGGUAUAUAAUAAUAAAAUAAGAAAGCCUGAAGGGCUAGAAACCUAUUGUUUUUGCUAGGAUU